UUUCAUUAUCGUCAUUUAAAAUGCUCUUCGUAUUCGUGACGAGAUAAGAAGUUUACUAACGAUUGACACACUGUUGGUCAUCAAGGCUAAACAUUCUGACCGGAUUUCACAAACGUGACGAGACAGAAUGCUAAACAUUUUAGUUUUUCUCUGCAUUCUUGAAGGAGCCGUGUCACUCGGCCCUCGGUGUCUAAGCUGUAGCGGUGUGCCCAUCCUAACAGACUGUAACAAUAUAGUGGAGUGUGGGAAUGGAGAGGGAUGCUUCACACGAAAAGUAACCACAGACGUUGGGACUAUUGUUUACGAAGCAGGUUGCAUCAGUAUGCAAGUUUGUAAUAUUCUGAACGUUCUCGGUAAAAAUUCCGGAUUGGGAAAAAGAGACAUUACAAAUUGUUACGAGUGUUGCUCAGGUGGAAACCACACUGACGCCGGAAGUAUCCCCUGUAAUACACACCUGUGUGGAAUAGGUGAUAGACCGGAAGAGAAAUGUUACCAAUGCGCGGGUGUACUAGAUCCUUUAGACUGUAGAACUACUGGGUACUGCAACCAGGACGAG